AGAUGAUGCUCAGAAUUGGUUUCUGGACUGAAGUGGAAUUGUUUUGGAAGACAUUUUUCAUUUAGAAACUCGGAUAUUGCCUCUGGCAACUUCUUCACAUAUAAAUAUUGGGCGCGCGCUCAAUAAGGACUCUUGUAAAAUGGCAAAACUGUUUCCCGAUGCUCUUUUGUUAAUUGUGAGUUUGUUAAACAUUUUCACCGUGGGUGCAUCAUUAUCCCGGACUGAAGACCUUCACUCAUCUCUAGUCUUCUCUGAUGAUCCGAACAGUGUUUUACAUCAGCAGACAACAGCAGAGCUCAUUUCAGCAUCACACUCCCGCACAAGAACCAAGCGCUGCACUUGCUACUCAUUUAAGGACAGGGAAUGUGUUUAUUACUGUCACUUGGGCAUCAUCUGGAUCAACACCCCACAGCGCACAGUUCCGUAUGGCAUGUCAAGUUACCGCAGCCCUCAGCGACUGAGACGCUCCAGUGGGACAGUAAGGAUGGUAUUUCAUCGCUGCACAUGUGCAGAGCACAGUGAUGCCCAGUGCUAUAACUUCUGUGAUGCAAGAAUACAGAAUGUGCCAGACAGAAGAUUGAUAGGACGUUCACCUGGGUAAAAGCACGUUACACCUUGGGCCUCUGAGAUCAGGACUGAUGAUCAAACUGGGCACCUAACUAGGUACAGCUUUUGAAUUUUUACAGAUUUGGAGCGAAACCUUCCCCACAUUCCUCACCGUGUUAAAUUUCCUGGAACGACCUUGACUCAUCUGGUCCGCGGUAACAAGUGAAUUCUUUAGAAAACGCUUUGCAGAUUUCAGAAGCGUAUCUGGGACCCGCUUCCUUGUUUCAAGGGUUAUGUUCACUUGUUUCAGCUUGACUUUACGUCUAAUACAAAUAUUCAGUGGAUGUCCUUGAAUCUGGGAGUCUUGCGGCAUUGGAAAUAGACCUGUAAAAUAGACUCGGCAUUAUCUCCACUUUGUGGGCUGAUUUUCAGAGAGCACACAGAGGGAUUACUGGGUGAAGAUGGAGAUGAAGUCGGUCUUGAAUUUUUACGUGUACCGAGGCUCCUUCACUUCCGCUGAUAGCAGGAAAUUAAACGUUUAACAUUGUUAUUGUGGAUGGACUGUUAAGAACUCUUAAGUCUCCUGAGAGAAAGAUUGCCAGAUUAACCGCCGCAAUUUUCACCCUCCUGAAAUUAUCCUCUACAUUUUUGCUCACUCCAGCAAAAUG